AUGGGGACGCGCCAUCGCGCGCCACCACGCCACAGCACGUCUGACCGCCCCGGAACUCAGAAAAGCAAGCCGGGUGAAAUCGGAGCCUCGCUGGGGCGCGCGGGGGGUCCGCGGUCUUGGGAGCCCGCACCGCAGCGAGCGCGCCGGACCGACGGACGGACGGGCGGGCGAGCCAGGAGCCAGGGAGGCGACCUUCGGCGGGGCUCAGCUUCGCCCUGGCGCGGCCGGCGGGGGAUGGCGAGCCCCCCUGCGCAGGAGCCCCCCCCUCCGCCGCCGGGCAGCCCCCCGGCCGGCCGCCCCCACCUGCACCUGAACCACAACAACAAUAACCCGACGCCGCAGCAGACGCCGACGCAGCCGCCGGCGCCGGGCGAGGUGCGCAAGUGCGGCUACCUGCGCAAGAGCAAGCCCGGCCACAAGCGCUUCUUCGUGCUGCGGGCGGGCGGCGGCGGCGGCGAGGGCGAGGCGGCGUCGGCCCCCCGCCUGGAGUACUACGAGAGCGAGAAGAAGUGGCGGAGCAAAGGCGCGGCGCCCAAGCGCGCCAUCGCCCUGGACGCCGGCCUGAGCGUGCACAAGCGCGCCGACGCCAAGCACCAGCACCUGGUGGCCCUCUACACCGGCGGCGAGUGCCUGGCGCUGGCGGCCGAGGGCGCGGCCGAGCAGGAGGCCUGGUUCCAGGCGCUGAGCGGGCUGCUGCGCGCCCCCCGGGCCCGGGGCUCGCCCCCCGACGGCCCGCAGCCCGCCUCCUCCUCGCCGCCGCCGUCGCCCGGCCCGCCGCCCUACCGCGAGGUGUGGCAGGUGACGCUGCGGGCCAAGGGCCUGGGCCGGAGCCGGCGGCUGUCGGGGGUGCGGCGGCUGUGCCUGGCGGCGCGCACCGUGGCGCUGGGGCGCCUGCACUGCCCGCGGCCCUGCGUCACGCUGCAGCUCAUGAGCAUCCGCCGCUGCGGCCACUCGGACAGCUUCUUCUUCAUGGAGCUGGGCCGCUCGGCCGCCACCGGCCCCGGCGAGCUGUGGCUGCAGGCCGACGACGCCGUGGUGGCGCAGCACAUCCACGAGACCAUCCUGGCCGCCAUGCGCGACCUGCGCGAGCCCGCCCCGGGCCGGCCGCGCAGCAAGAGCCAGUCCUCCUCCUCGUCCUCCUCCUCCGGGGGCGGCUUCUCCGCCGCCGCCGGCAGCCGGCCCAUCUCGGUGCCCGGCCGCCGGCCGCCCCCCCCGCCCUGGGGCGCCCUGCCCCCCGGCCAGGCGGGCCUGCUGCGCCGCUCCCGCCCCGGCCCCCCGGGCCCGGCGGGAGGGGUUGGCAACCGGGCGCGGACGGCCAGCGAGGGGGAUGGGCGAGGCAGCCCGGAGGGCGGGCGGGCCACGCUGCCGGGGGUCCCCGCCGCCCGGCCGGGCCGCUCCCUGGCCCUGUGCCACUCGCCCUGUGCCUCUGGCGACCCCGCCUUCCCGGCCCUGGAGGACUUGGGCUUCAGCCCCGGGGGGGACCCCCGGCCCUUCUCCUCUUCCUCCACGGUCAGCAACCGCAGCAGCACCCCCGAGACCCCUCCGGGCCAGCGGUUGGACGGCUACAUGGCGAUGGAGCGGGGCCCGCUCUGCUACCGCCCUUGCCCGUGGGACGGCGGCAGGGCGGACGCAGCCCCCCGGAAGCGCACGUACUCCCUGACCACGCCGGCACUCCCGCGCCCCUUGCCCCUGCCGCUGUCCUCCGCCUCCCUGGACGAGUACGCGCUCAUGCGGGCCGCUUGCCCUGCCACAGGGGCCUCUUCGAGGGCAACCUAUGCCCCUUAUCCAGAGGACUACUGUGACCUGGAAAUUGGCUCGGGGGGCACCAGCAGUAGCAGCAGCUCCCACCUUGGCCCCGGCGGUGGCGGGGAGGAAGGUUACAUGCCCAUGAGCCCUGGGGUAGCGUCGGCCUCGCCGGGGCAUCCUGGCUCAAAUGCGUACAUGCCUAUGAGCCCUGCCAGCGUGUCUGCCCCACAGCAGAUCUUGCAACCCCGCCCCUACAAGACCAGUAGCGAGAGUUCUUCCGACGACAGCGGCUACAUGCGCAUGUGGGGACCCGGCGCCCGCCUGUCUGGGGAGAGCCCCGAAGGCCGUCUGGUCAACGGCGACUAUAUCAACAUGUCCCCUUUGCUGCCCGGGCCUGCCGCCGCUUCUGCCUCACCUCUGCCUUUGCCAGAUGGCUUCGGGGCCCUGGGGCCCGGGGUCCGGCCCAGCUGCUCGUGCGGCCCCCUGGCCCAUGCUUGCCGGAGCCAGCCGGGCUCUCUGGGUGAAGAGAGGGACAGUGACCAGUACGUUCAUAUGAACUCACUGGCAGGGAGGCUGAUCCAGGCCCCGAAAGGGGAGCCGUCCCCUGCCCCUUGCGACCCCUUUGCGAUGCCUUCGCUCCCCUUCCACAGCCGGGCAGAGAGCUCCCUCAGCCAGUGGGCAGGGUUGCUCGGUCGUGGCGUUGUGCCACCCGGUCGCCGUUCCUUGGGGACCUGGCUGCCCAGCAGGAAUGAGGAACCCCUGCCGCGUAAAGUCCAAAGCCCCAGUGGGGAGUAUGUCAGCUUGGGCUACUCAGCGGCGCCAGCUGGGGGCCUGUGCUCGUUUGGUUCUGGCCUGACUGGGCAUCCCGGUUCUCUUUCCAACUACAUGAACCUCAAGUUGAAUGGGUCGCACUUGGGCACUGCCUCAGUGGGGUCCAUGGAAGAUGUCCUAUUGCCAGGAUCCUGCCCCAGCCCUGGACAGCUGGAUGAGCAUUACCUAAAGAUGGGGGUGGCUUGCCUUUCUAGCCCUUCUUCUGAGGUAGGGGACUAUGCUGAGGUGGACUUUUCGCCAGUCACCACCCCGCCUCAACCCAUUUCACACAAGCUGGAGAGCCCUCGUGUCUCCAGCCCUGUAGCUGACUUGAAGCGACUGACGAUCUCCGGGGUGGAAGCCUUUCUUUUUGCCAACCCUCCUCCCGAUCCCGACCACGGAGCCAAGGUCAUCCGGGUGGAUCCUCAGGGGCGCCGGAGGCACAGCUCCGAGACAUUCUCUUCCACUACCACCGUGACCCCUGUUUCGCCUUCCUUCGCCCACGUCCCCAAGCGGCACAACUCUGCUUCUGUGGAGAACGUGUCCCUCAGGAAAAACGAAGGCUUCGCGGAGGAGCAGCAUGGCAGCCCGAUGUGCCGGGAGACCUCAGCCGGCUUCCAAAAUGGCCUCAACUACAUUGCUGUUGAUGGGGAGGGAGACCCUCUGGCAAAUGGCGGCCCAAGCAAGCCCAAAGCGAGGCACCCCCUCAACGGGAGCGUCAACGACAUUUACGCCAGUAUGGACUUCUUGGCUCACAACGUGAAAGAAGCCACUUCCGUGAAAGUUUGUUAGAAUUGUUACCAUGUUGAUCCCAGAGAACAAGAGACCCAGUCGAAUGAAAAACAAGCAAUUUUACCACCGCGACCUAGAUGUCCAACAUUUU